GUGUAAAAGCUAAGUGUUCAAGUGUUUCAAACACCCAAGUGACCUCACGCAGUGUUCAAAAAUAGUGUUUUACGUAAAAACAGGAUGGAUUACGAUUCGUUGAUCUAUUCUCAAAUAGCAAACUACUAUGAUGAGUUGAUGAAUCGAGCAAUACAGGUCAAACCAGCAGAUAGUGAAAAUAGAGGAGAUCGCAAGUUGUUCGUGGGGAUGCUCAGCAAGCAACAGACGGAAGAGGAUGUACGCCAAUUGUUUACGCCGUUCGGUACUAUAGAAGAGUGCUCCAUACUUAGGGGACCCGACGGCUCGAGUAAAGGCUGUGCAUUCGUGAAGUUCAGCUCACACCAGGAAGCCCAGCAAGCAAUCACACAGCUUCACGGAAGUCAGACUAUGCCUGGAGCGUCCUCCAGCUUAGUUGUGAAAUUUGCGGACACAGAGAAGGAAAGACAACUCAGGCGCAUGCAACAGAUGGCCGGCAACAUGAGUCUGCUAAAUCCGUUCGUGUUUAAUCAAUUCGGAACCUAUGGCACCUAUGCCCAAGUUAUUACCGAACAGCAACAAGCAGCACUGAUGGUUGCAGCGACUGCGCAGGGCUACAUCAGUCCAAUGACUGCGCUGGCAUCGCACGCGCUCAACGGGAUGGCUAACUCAGUGGUCCCGCCUACGUCUGAUAACUUCACGGGCCUGGCGAUAGGUACAGGUGGAGGGCAGCCCUUGAAUGGCGCUUUGCCUUCGUUGCCGUCACCGACCAUGCCUGGCUUCAACAUGGCUGCGCAGACGGCUAACGGCCAGCCACCACCGCAGGAAGCUGUCUACACCAACGGUAUACAUCAAACUUUUACUGGACCGGUUCCAGUUACAGCCCAAGGUCUACCAAACGGUGAGGCUGCAGCGCUGCAACAUGCAGCGUACCCCGGAAUGCAGCCUUUCCCUGGAGUCGCUUACCCAGCGGUUUACGGACAGUUUCCGCAGCCCAUACCACCCCCGAUGUCAACCAUUGCUCCGGCGCAAAGAGAAGGCUGCUCGAUCUCGGGCCCUGAGGGGUGCAACCUCUUCAUCUACCACCUCCCUCAGGAGUUUGGUGACGCGGAGCUAAUGCAGAUGUUCAUGCCCUUUGGGAACGUGAUUAGCAGCAAGGUGUUUAUAGAUCGCGCUACUAAUCAAAGCAAAUGUUUUGGAUUCGUGUCAUUCGACAACCCUGCAUCAGCCCAGGCGGCGAUUCAGGCGAUGAAUGGCUUCCAAAUUGGCAUGAAACGGCUAAAGGUUCAACUCAAGAGGCCCAAAGACGCCAAUAGGCCCUACUAACACGAAAUGUCUUUGUUGCGCGUCUGCCCACCUCCGCCGAGGGCAGCAAUGGGCACUUUCCGGCCUCGGCGAACGAACUCACGCAACUCGAACAAUUUUAAUGAAUUUAACAGACAAGUGUAUAGCAAAUAUCAGUAACAUCUUACUAAACUAAACUAAAGCCACCGAGGCGAGUAUACUAUAUUAGUUAAAAGUAAUUAUCUAUUGAUCAAUGCGUAGAAAGCUUCAUUCUUAUCAUUAUCGAUUAAUCAUUAAAUUACUCUAUUAUAUUAUUAUACAAUUUAUUAACCUUG